AUGUUACUGCGGUGUCUCUCUCAGCUGGUAGAAACACAGCAGGUAGUCAUAGUAACUGGAGGAGAUGUUCAGUUCAGCUGCAGACUCAUGGAACCCAAAGAUGCUUUGCAAGUCACCUGGCAAAAAGAGACACCAGGAGGGAAUGAAAAUGUGGCCUCCUACAACAAACGUUUUGGUCCAAAAGUAAAGCCACCUUUUAAUAGGAAAGUAUUGUUUCUAAAUGUGGGACUACAGAACUGCUCUAUAGUCAUCAGAGGAGUAUCAAGAGAAGAUGAGAGCUGCUACAAGUGUCUGUUUAAUAUUUACCCAGAUGGAUCUAUCAGUAGAAGGACCUGCCUUCAAGUUAAUGAACUGUAUGGACCCAUACUCCUAGUGACAAAUCUAUUCUUUGGGUAAACACUCUCCUGCUCUGCCACGGGACAACCUACUCCAGUAGUGGCCUGGGAUGAAUCAGGGCAAUUGGCCAUGGAAAACUGUACGACGGUCAAUGUCACCCAUCCCAAUGGAACUGUUACUGUCACCAUAACUUCAGUAGAGGCAGUUCCCAGUCUACCUGACAAUGACACCAUGGUUAGGGGUUUGGUGUAA